UUUUCCCUCCUUUGUUUCAAUGGUCACCCACCCUUAAUGUGUAGGCUUUAUUAGUAUACCUGGACCUUGAAAAUUAGCCUUCUUUCAUUACAAGUUGAGACUUUUUGUUGGUGUUUGGUGGAAGUAUAUGUCCAGUGUGUGUAAAUGUACAAUGGACAAAAGUAAUGGAAUAUCAUUGAUGGACUUUUCCUUUUUGUUUGUAAAUUUUUCCAUUUGCCUUUAGAUUUAUGGGUUGCAUUUAUGUAAUAUGCUUUAUUGUUCUGAUUUUGUCUAUGGAUGUACAGGUGGAUUCUCCUGGAAUUCUGGGGAAGGGCUUGAUAUGGGUUUCUUUUGUGUUCAGACAACUAUAUUAGAUGUCUUGAAUCUGCUAUUUCUUUCUGUUUUCUGUGUGAUUUUGGUUAUGGGUUCUGUUAGAAAAAAUGUGAUUUUUGAGCACAGCAGGAGGGACUGGGUCUCUGGGGGUGUUUCAAUCUGCUGUGCUGUUGUUAGCAUUGGAUAUCUUAGUGCUGGUUUGUGGGAUUUGUUUGUGAAAAAUGAAGGGUCUGGGCAUUUGAGUUGGUGGGUUUACUUUGUUAGAGGGCUGGUUUGGAUCUCUCUUGCAGUUUCACUGCUUAUUCAAAGACCCAAGUGGAUCAGAAUUCUUAGUUCUCUCUGGUGGUUGGCCUUCUUCCUAUUGGGUUCAUCUCUAAAUAUCGGAAUUCUAGUGAAAACUCACAACAUUCAAGUCUUUGACAUGGUGCCAUGGCUUGUGAACUUCUUGCUUCUCUUUUGUGCAUUCAGGAUCAUUUGUCACCAUGAUUCUCCAGAUACCCCAGAUAGGAGUGUUUCCGAACCUCUACUAGGGAAAAGGCCUGUGAAAAGCUCAGUAGAAUUAGGCAAGAGUAGCUUCAUUAGUAAAUUGACAUUUUCUUGGAUUAAUCCUUUACUUUGCUUGGGUUACUCGAAACCUUUAGUUCUAGAAGACAUUCCUUCUCUGGAAUCAGAGGAUGGAGCUGAAUUAGCCUACCAAAAAUUUGCUCAUGCAUGGGAACAGCUUCAAAAGGAGAAAACCCCGAAUAAUAGCAGUAACUUGGUUCUACAAGCAUUAGCCCGGGUCUACUUGAAAGAAACCCUUUCUGCAGGGAUUUUUGCUUUGUUUAAGACAAUUUCUGUAGUGGUUUCUCCUCUGUUGCUCUAUGCUUUUGUAAAAUACUCAAAUCAUAGUGGGGAAAAUUGGCAUGAAGGCGUGUUCUUAGUGGGGUGUCUAGUCCUUAACAAGCUGGUUGAAUCCUUGUCUCAAAGGCAUUGGUUCCUUAAUUCUAGGAGGUCUGGGAUGAGGAUGAGGUCAUCUUUAAUGGUGGCUGUAUACCAAAAGCAGCUCAAGCUUUCAAGUUUGGGAAGGGGAAGGCAUUCAACUGGGGAGAUUGUGAAUUAUAUUGCUAUCGAUGCUUAUCGAAUGGGUGAAUUCCCUUGGUGGUUCCACACAAUGUGGAGUUUCAUCUUGCAACUUUUUCUGUCCAUUGGAGUCCUUUUUGGGAUUGUGGGUCUUGGUGCUCUUACAGGUUUAGUCCCUCUUCUCAUUUGUGGACUUCUUAAUGUGCCAUUUGCUAAGAUAAUACAGAGGUGUCAAUUCCAAUUUAUGAUGGCCCAAGACCAGCGACUCAGGUCUACUUCAGAGAUCCUUAACAGUAUGAAAGUUAUCAAGUUACAGUCAUGGGAAGAGAAAUUCAAGAACUUGAUUGAAUCCCUGCGAGACAUCGAAUUCAAAUGGUUAGCUGAAGCACAUUAUAAGAAGUGUUAUUGCACUGUACUGUAUUGGUUGUCCCCAAGCAUCAUCCCUUCGGUUAUCUUCCUGGGGUGUGUGGUUUUCAGGAGUGCCCCACUAGAUGCCAGCACGAUAUUCACCGUUCUUGCAGCAUUGCGGUGCAUGUCAGAACCUGUGAGAACCAUACCUGAAGCUCUAUCUGCUUUGAUCCAAAUCAAGAUCUCUUUUGAUAGGCUCAAUGCAUUCCUGCUAGAUGAUGAGGUCAAAAGUGAAGAAAUCAGGAAAGUUGUAGUGCCAAAUUCACAUUACAGUGUUAUAGUGAAUGGUUGUGGUUUCAGUUGGGACCCGAAAUCGACCAUCCUAACACUCAGAGAUGUAAAUAUGGAAGUAAAAUGGGGGCAGAAGGUUGCGGUUUGUGGGCCAGUUGGAGCAGGGAAAUCAUCGCUCUUAUAUGCUAUACUUGGAGAGAUACCAAAAGUUUCAGGAACCGUUGAUGUAUUUGGUUCAAUCGCCUAUGUUUCUCAAACUUCUUGGAUCCAAAGUGGGACAAUUCGCGACAACAUUCUUUAUGGAAGGCCAAUGGAUAAAACCAAGUAUGAGAAAGCCAUAAAAGCAUGUGCCUUAGAUAAGGAUAUAAAUAGUUUUGACCAUGGCGAUUUAACAGAAAUUGGUCAGAGAGGGCUUAAUAUGAGUGGAGGACAGAAACAGAGGAUUCAACUUGCUCGAGCUGUCUACAAUGAUGCCAAUAUCUACCUCCUGGAUGACCCUUUUAGUGCAGUAGAUGCACAUACAGCUGCAGUUCUUUUCAAUGAUUGCAUCAUGUCUGCUCUAGCGCAAAAGACUGUUAUUCUUGUGACUCAUCAAGUGGAAUUUCUAUCUGCAGUUGAUAAAAUUCUGGUAAUGGAAGUUGGACAAAUAACUCAGACAGGAAGCUAUGAGGAGCUUUUUGCAGCAGGGACGGCAUUUGAACAGCUUGUAAAUGCUCAUAAGAAUGCAACAACAGUUAUGAAUCUUUCAAAUAAAGAAAUCCAAGAAGAACCUCACAUGUUGGAUCAGAGCCCUACCAAAGAAAGCGGUGAAGGGGAGAUUUCCAUGAAGGGUCAACAAGGAGUGCAGCUUACUGAAGAAGAAGAGAGAGAGAUUGGUGAUGUUGGGUGGAAGCCUUUCUUGGAUUAUCUCCUUGUCUCAAAGGGAUCAUUCCUUCUGUUUUUAUGUAUAAUAACCAAGUCUGGUUUUAUUGCCCUUCAGGCUGCUUCAACUUAUUGGCUAGCACUAGCCAUUGAAAUGCCAAAAAUCAGCAAUGGCAUGCUAAUUGGAGUUUAUGCUGGACUGUCAACACUAAGUACUGGCUUUAUAUAUCUGAGGUCUUUCUUUGGAGCCCGUCUAGGAUUAAAAGCUUCUAAGGCCUUCUUUGCAGGUUUUACCAACUCCAUCUUCAAAGCUCCAAUGCUCUUCUUUGACUCUACCCCAGUUGGGCGCAUUCUGACUCGAGCUUCCUCAGAUUUGAGCGUUUUGGAUUUCGAUAUACCUUUCUCCAUUAUCUUUGUAGUAGCAUCUGGUCUUGAGCUUCUAUCAAUAAUUGGAGUUACAGCCUCAAUCACUUGGCCAGUUCUCAUUGUGGCCAUUUUUGCUAUUGUAGCUGUAUAUUAUGUUCAGGGGUAUUAUUUAGCCUCUGCAAGAGAGCUAAUAAGGAUCAAUGGAACAACAAAAGCCCCCGUUAUGAGUUAUGCAGCUGAGACAUCACUUGGAGUGGUCACUAUAAGGGCUUUUAACAUGGCGGACAGGUUCUUCCAAAACUACCUAGAGCUCAUAGACACGGACGCAAAGCUGUUCUUCUAUUCUAAUGCAGCCAUUGAAUGGCUAGUUUUAAGAAUAGAAAUCCUCCAGAAUCUGACUCUAGUCACUGCUGCUCUUCUUGUUGUUCUACUUCCGAAGGGAUAUGUAGCUCCAGGGCUUGUGGGGCUCUCUCUUUCUUAUGCUCUGGCACUGACUGGUACACAAGUCUUCUUCUCUCGAUGGUAUUGUAACUUAUCAAAUUAUGUUGUUUCAGUUGAAAGGAUCAAACAGUUCAUGCACAUACCAUCAGAGCCCCCUGCAAUUGUGGAGGAAAAAAGGCCACCAACUUCAUGGCCUUCCAAGGGCAGGAUAGACUUGCAAUAUCUGAAAAUAAAAUACCGCCCUAAUGCUCCUCUAGUUCUCAAAGGAAUUACUUGCACGUUUAAGGAGGGGACUAGAGUAGGAAUUGUUGGAAGGACUGGAAGUGGCAAAACUACGCUGAUAAGUGCUUUGUUCCGACUAGUAGAGCCUGAAAGUGGGAAAAUCUUCAUAGAUGGACUUGACAUUUGUUCCAUAGGCCUGAAGGAUUUGAGGAUGAAGCUUAGCAUUAUCCCUCAGGAGCCCACUCUUUUCAAGGGUAGCAUUCGAACUAACUUGGACCCUCUAGGCCUUUACUCUGACGAUGAAAUAUGGGAGGCUCUUGAGAAGUGUCAGCUUAAGGCAACAAUCAGCAGCCUCCCAAACUUACUAGACUCAUCUGUGAGUGAUGAAGGUGAGAAUUGGAGUGCCGGGCAACGCCAGCUCUUCUGUCUUGGAAGAGUCCUCCUUAAGAGAAAUAGAAUUCUAGUUCUAGACGAAGCCACCGCAUCCAUAGAUUCUGCCACUGAUGCAAUUCUACAAAGAAUUAUCAGGCAGGAAUUCUCAAAUUGUACAGUGAUAACAGUAGCUCACAGAGUUCCCACAGUCAUAGAUAGCGACAUGGUCAUGGUCCUCUCUUAUGGGAAGCUUGUGGAGUAUGAUGAGCCCUCAAAUCUGAUGGAAACCAACUCCUCUUUUUCAAAACUUGUAGCUGAAUACUGGUCCAGUUGCAGGAGGAAUUCCUCCCAGAGCUUCAAUUGCUACAAACAGAGGUCUUAAUGACAUUGUUGAAAAGAAAAAUAUGUAUCAAAUGGUCACCUCUGACUCUAGGGUUUCUUAUGUAACCACAAGUAGAUUGUGCACAUUUUCCCUAAUGUGGCAUGUAAGAGCAUAAAGCUAUCUGUUUCUAUUCUUUGAUGAGAAAUGUGUUUAUGUUAUUAAGAUGAUGAGAUAAUUCUAGAGAUUGGUAGAA